AUGAAUAUCUCUUCGUAUCUACUGUUUUUACUACUAGCGUUCACAUUCAACUUCUCUGCUGGCCUCAUCCAAAGCAGUCAUGGUUUCUCCAUAAAUGAAGCCACUAUCAAAGAUAUCCAACAAGCUUUCGAGGAUAAAACCUUAACAUCUCGUAAACUAGUUGAGUUUUACAUCCAACAGAUUGAAGCCCUCAAUCCACUUCUCAAAGCUGUAAUCGAGGUUAACCCCGAUGUAUUGGAUCAAGCUGACCAAGCUGAUAAAGAAAGGAGUAAAGGAGGGUCUUUCAGUGGGAUGCAUGGGAUCCCAAUCCUAAUCAAAGAUAACAUUGCAACUAAAGACAAACUUAACACUUCAUGUGGAUCUUAUGCUCUCGUAGGGUCUGUCGUGCCGCGUGAUGCAGGGGUCGUGGCUAAGUUGAGAAAAUCCGGUGCUUUAAUCAUGGGGAAGGCCAGUAUGACCGAGUGGGGAGCUAUCCGUGCUCCAAAACUUCCCAACGGAUGGUGUGCAGUUAGCGGGCAGGGCAGGAAUCCUUACUAUCUGAGUGGGAAUCCUUGUGGUUCAAGUAGUGGUUCAGCUAUAGCUGUGACUGGGAAUCUGAUAAUAGUUUCUUUGGGAACGGAAACAGAUGGUUCUAUCCUCUGCCCCUGCAGUCAUAACUCAGUUUGUGGAAUCAAACCUACUCUUGGACUCUGUAGUCGUUCCGGUAUGAUCCCGAUUGCGCCAUCACUUGACACAGUGGGACCUAUUGGUAAAACUGUAACAGAUGCUGUAUACGUACUAGAUGAAAUUGUGGGGUACGAUGAGUUUGAUAGUGAAGCCACAAACAGAUCGAAAGACUUCAUACCUAAAGAUGGUUACAAGCAAUUUUUAAAAAAGGACGGUCUUGCUGGUAAAAGAAUUGGGGUUGUCAGGACUCCCUUCUACAAUUUCCCCACCGGUUCGCCGCUUCACAAACUCUUCGCAGACCACAUCGAGACAAUGAAGAAAGCUGGUGCGGUUAUAGUGGACAAGCUGAACAUUCCGAAUAUCAAGACUGUUCUCAAUCCAGCUCUAACUGGUGAAUCCCAAGUAGAGAGGUUUGAGUUCAAGGCUGCUCUCAAUGCUUACCUAGAAGGACUAAUUUCUUCUCCAGUGAGGUCAUUGGCUGAAGUGAUUGCCUUUAAUACUAAACACCCUUCUUUGGAAAAAACACCUACAUAUGGUCAAGACAUGUUGAUAGCGGCUGAAAGGACUGGUGGGAAAAUUGGGGCAGCAGAGAUAAAAGUGUUGGAGAAGAUGAAGAAAAUUGAUAAAGAUGGGUUUGUGACAUUGAUGGAAAAGAAUAAUUUGGAUGCAGUCGUGACUCCAGCGAGUCAGUUCUCAACAGUACUUGCUAUUGGUGGACACCCAGGAAUUAGCGUUCCCGCAGGAUAUCAUCCAAAUGGAAUGCCUAUUGGAAUAACCUUUGGUGGACUAAGGGGUUCAGAGCCAAAGCUCAUUGAGAUUUCUUAUGCUUUCGAACAGUUGACACUUGCUAGGAAACCUCCUUUCUAUCAAAUGUUGACGAAGUCCCAAUAUACAAGUACCAACGAGGAGGGCAUUGCUAGCAGCAGCAGUGACUCCCUAAUCGAAAUGAUUACAUCACCUAAUUGA